AUGCAUGCUAAGACAUUUCAAGAAGAUCUGUUGAUAAUUCCACUAGGUGGUCGUGAUCAUGUUCUAGGGAAUGAUUGGAUGAAAAAGCACAGCCCUACUAAGUUUGACCAUGAGAGGAAUUGUGUAACUAUUGGGAAGAAGAAUAAUAAGCUGGUGUUGAAGGGGAUUUCUGAAGAGGGCAAGCUCAGCGUGAUCAAUAGUGGUGCUAUGGAUGAUUUUCUAGAUGAGUUGCACGGGUCUGUAAUUUUUUCCAAGGUUGAUUUAAGAGCUGGAUAUCAUCAAAUUAGGAUAAAGACUAAGGAUGUGUAUAAGACUGCAUUUAGGACUCAUUUGGGGCAAUAUGAGUUUUGCAUUAUCCCCUUUGGAUUGACAAAUGCCCUUGCCACAUUUCAAGCAUUGAUGAACCAAGUGUUUCUGCCUUAUAUCAGGAGACCUCUAACUGAUCUACUUAAGAAUGAGGCAUUUCAGUGGAGUACAGAGUCAGAAUCAACUUUUAAUGCUCUUAAAACUGCGUGGUCAUCUACCCUAGUGUUAGCCUUACCUGAUUAUACUCAGGAAUUUAUUGUUGAAACUAAUGCAAGCUAUGGGGGUAUUGGUGUUGUUCUCCUGCAAAAAGGCAGACAUAUAGCUUACUUUAGUAAGGCUUUAGCACUUAAACAUAGGGGUAAGUCUAUCUAUGAGAAGGAGUAUAUGGCCCUUUUGAAUGCGGUGGAUAAAUGGAGACAUUCCCUCUAA